GCUGCGUGCGUUUAUUUUUGUUAUUUUUCUGCACGCAGAGCUAAGCGAGGAUCUCAUUUUGAAAAAGUACUUGCAAAAAAUGAUUUGCAAGUUGAAGUUCUACUUCUCGGUUCCAAGAACGCAGGGCGUUCUGAUACAAUCACCAAGCGUGGGAAUUUCUUAGACGACGCCGCACCGGCCUCUAUGUCGGCUUCACACGAAGAACCAGGCGACGAGGAGGAGCCCGCGUCUGUGCUCAGCGUCGGGCAGCCGGUGAAAGUGAAAAAAGCCGGGCAGUGGAUUCCCGAAUGGGCCGAAGUUCUGUCUAUCAACGACCCUGCGACAAGUGCAUCAAAUGGUGCGCUCACCUAUAACGUGGUUGUGAAGCCUUUCGUCCAUGUCCGUACCGUGCCCGACGGGAGGGGCGAGCUCGUAGAGAUAGAGGGUGCGACGGAAAAGGGCCUGGACCGCUCGUACUACCGGCUGGACAGCAGCUGGUACAUCCUGAAGGACAAGCCUUACCCCGACGAAGUAAAGGAAAACGACGACGAAGAGCAAAUCGCGAAGUAUUUAGGCUAUGUGGAACGAGAUUCGGUUCUGAAGGGUAUCGUGGAUGACGAGAAACGAAGGAAGAGCAUCGUGGAAGUGAUGGUGCUGCGUCCACCGCGUCCUCGGGCAGGAACGGGGGCGGCGGUUCAGCGUCGAGAUUUUGAAGCGGCGCAGCCGAUUUUAGUGAAAGUCGACCUGCGCUACAUGGCCGACGUACUAGAUAAGAUGCAGACGCUGAAUUUGACGACGACGGCGAAUUUCGCAAGCACCUCGCGCAGCAGAACUACGUUUUUCUGGCACACAAAGAAGAGUCGCGAGGCCAUGCGGAAAAAUUUCAAUGAUGUGCUACUGAAAGCGAUCAACGAGCAAGUUUUGCGAGCGGCGGGAGUCGCGGAAAACAGUGUCGAACACCCCCUGCUCACGAAGCUGUAUCUAAACCAUGAGAAAAUUGAGCAGGAUCCCGGAAACUGGUUCAACCACGAGCUGCAGCGGGUGUGUAUUUACGCCUGCGAUAAGAAGAUCGCGUUUGUGGCGCUCGGAAUUCCGGAGGACUACGACGCAAAAUCCUGGAAGGGAACCCAGGCGGAGUUGAAAGACUCGUCCGGGGGGUUGAAGUGUGCAGUCAUGUGAUCUAACGUGAGAAAAGUGAUAUAUGUGCAUUAUCUGUCGGUGUCGAACUGUAGUGCUUGGUUGCAGUUGCACGCACUGAUCUGUUCAUGUUGGUGACGCUACUUGCUCUAACAACCAGGGUCCAGGCCCGUGGCUUCUGGUGACGCUCGUCACUUGGUGAU